UAAAUGGCUGUCGAUGCCAUUCAUUCUACACAGUGCACCUUUAAACCUCCCUUUUCCUCCGUGUGUGUUGUGUACCCUCAGGAUGCGAAGCUCCGGGAGCUGCUGGAUGUGGGCACCCUGGUGGGGAAGAUGGAGAACAGGAUGUUGACGGUGGUGAGCGGCCCGGACAUGGUCAACAUCACCUACCUCAACUUCAUGGCCUUCCAGGAAGAGGUCGCUAAGGAGUGGGCAGAGGAGCUAUUCAACCUGGCGUCCAACCUCUUGGCCCAGAACAUGUCGAGAGAGGCUUGUCUAGAGAAAGCGUCUACUUUGUCUCUGUGGCUCAACUUGCCACGUUGCUCUCGUCUCUUCAUCGUUCUUCUUCUACAGAGCGACUCCAUACCCCAGGAGGACUUCACACCAGAUGUGUACAACAUGUUCCUCAGCAACAUCUGCCCCAGGCCAGAGCUUGACCACAUCUUCUCUGAAGUGGGGGCUCGGAGCCGUCCCUACCUCUCCAUGGAUCAGAUGACGGAGUUCAUCAACAGCAAGCAGCGGGACCCCCGUCUCAACGAGAUCCUGUACCCCCCCCUGAAGGCGGAGCAGGUCCAGCAGCUCAUGGACAAAUACGAGCCCAACGUGGCCCUGGCCCAGAAAGGUCAGAUCUCCAUGGACGGCUUCGCCCGCUACCUGUGCUGUGAGGAGAACGGCAUCAUCCCCCCAGAGAAGCUGGACCAGAGCGAGGACAUGGCCAUGCCGCUGUCCAACUACUUCAUCAACUCCUCGCACAACACCUACCUCACAGCUGGCCAGCUUGCGGGGAGCUCUUCGGUGGAGAUGUACAAGCAGGUCCUGCUGUCGGGCUGCCGUUGCAUCGAGUUGGACUGCUGGAAGGGACGCACCACAGAAGAAGAGCCUGUCAUUACCCACGGCUUCACCAUGACAACGGAGAUCUCCUUCAAGGAGGUCAUCGAGGCCAUCGCAGAGUGUGCCUUCAAGACCUCCCCCUUCCCCGUCAUCCUCUCCUUCGAGAACCACGUGGACUCCCCAAAGCAGCAAGCCAAGAUGGCAGAGUACUGCCGGUCAAUAUUUGGAGACGCAUUACUGACAGACCCUCUGGAGAAAUAUCCACUGGAGUCGGGGGUCCCGCUGCCCAGCCCGGGGGACCUGAUGGGGAAGAUCCUGGUGAAGAACAAGAAGAAGCACCACAAGGCGGGCGGCAGCGGCAAGAAGAAGCUGACGGAGCAGGUGUCCAACACCUACAGCGACUCCUCCAGCGUCUGCGAGCCCUCCUCCCCCAGCGCAGGGUCCACUAAAGAGGAGGCAGGGGACUCCUCCCAUCCUCCAGAGGGCGCUGAGCUCAGCCUGAGGCCACACGGCCGCAAGUCCAUCGGUGAAGUGGAGGCAGAAAGUGAUGAUGAUGAUGACGACGAUGACGACUGUAAAAAAGGCUCAAUGGAGGAGGGUACAGCGGGGAGUGAAGCAUUUGCAACAGAAGAGAUGUCUAACCUCGUCAGCUACAUCCAGCCAGUGAAGUUCCACAGCUUCGAGGGCUCCAAAAAGGUGAACCGCAGCUACCAGAUGUCCUCCUUCGUGGAGACCAAGGCCUUGGAGCAGCUCACCAAGUGUCCAGUGGAGUUUGUGGAGUACAACAAGAUGCAGCUGAGCAGGAUCUACCCCAAGGGCACCCGGGUGGACUCCUCAAACUACAACCCCCAGCUCUUCUGGAACGCUGGCUGCCAGCUGGUGGCCCUCAACUUCCAGACCAUUGACCUGUCCAUGCAGCUGAACCUGGGCAUGUACGAGUACAACGGGAAGUGUGGGUACCGGUUGAAACCGGAGUUCAUGAGGCGACCGGACAAACACUUUGACCCGUUCACCGUGAGCACCGUGGACGGGAUCGUCGCCAACACACUGUCCGUGAAGAUCAUCUCAGGCCAGUUCCUGUCCGAUAAGAAGGUGGGCACCUACGUGGAGAUAGAUAUGUUCGGCCUGCCCGUGGACACCAAGCGGAAAGCCUUCAAGACCAAGACCUCCCAGGGCAACGCCAUCAACCCGGUGUGGGAUGAGGAGCCCAUCGUCUUCAAGAAGGUCGUGCUGCCCACCCUGGCGUCGCUGAGGAUAGCGGUGUUUGAGGAAGGAGGAAAGGUCAUAGGUCAUCGCAUCAUCCCUGUGUCCGCCAUCCGACCAGGAUACCGCUACAUCGGCCUCCGGAACGAGAAGAACCAGUCCUUGAACAUGCCCGCCUUGUUUGUCUACUUGGAAGUCAAGGACUACGUCCCAGAUACAUUCGCCGAUGUCAUCGACGCCUUGUCUAAUCCGAUCCGUUAUAUCAACCUGAUGGAGCAGAGAGCCAAUCAGCUGGCUGCCCUCACCCUGGAGGAGGAGGGAGAGGAGGGGGCUGACAAAGAGGCGGACGCAGGGGGGACGCCCCGUCUGCCCAAGGUGGACCAGCGGGCGGCGGUGCCCUCGGAGAACGGCCUGAGCCACACCCCCGUCAGCGCCCCCAAGCCCCCCUCCGUGGGGGGGCACCAGCCCCAGCCCACAGGCUCCCUGAAACCUUUGGUGAAAUCGGAAGACAUCAUCCAUACAGUUCUCACCGAGAUGGAGGCCCACUCGGUGGAGGAGCUGAAGCAGCAGAAGGGCUUCGUGCGGGAGCAGCGGCGGCAGUACAAGGAGAUGAAGGAGCUGGUGAGGAAGCACCACCGCAAGACGGGCGAGCUGAUCAAGGAGCACGGGGCGCGGGCCGGAGAGCUGCAGAGCCAGCACCAGCGGCGCCGCUCGGCCCUGGUGAAGAGCCGCAAACGAGACGGUAAGAAAAGAAUGAUGUAUCAACAGGUCGGAGGCAUCCCUGAGCUCCCUGGACCAGGAGCUGGGGGAGCUGAGAAGGAGUGGGCCCAGCAGCUGGCCGACCUGAAGGAGCAGCAGCAGCAGCAGCUCCUCGCGCUGCGGCAGGAGCAGUACUACAGCGAGAAGUACCAGAAACGAGAGCACAUCAAGCAGCUGGUGGAGAAGUUGACCGCCAUAGCGGAGGAGUGUCAGAGUUGCCAGACGAAGAAGAUCCGAGAUAUCUGUGAGAAGGAGGAGAAGGAUCUGAAAAAGAAAAUGGACAAGAAAAGGCAGGAGAAGAUCAACGAGGCCAAGUCCAAGGACAGAAAUGCUACUGAAGAGGUGAAGAUGGAGAUCAACAGAUCGUUUGUCAAUGAAGUUGUGCAGUACAUCAAGCGGCUGGAGGAUGCCCAGGGGAAGAGGCAGGAGAGGUUGCUGGAGAAACACAAGGACGUCCGCCAGCAGAUCCUGGAUGAAAAGCCAAAGCUGCAGAGUGACCUGGACCAGGAGUACCAGGACAAGUUCCGCCGGCUGCCCGUGGAGAUCCAGGAGUUCGUCCAGGACAGCAGCAGGACCAAGCUCCGGGACGACCCGAGCCUGCAGAGCAGCCUGUCGGUGUCCUCCAUCAGCGAGAGGCUCAGCAAGGCCCUUCAGUCCGAGGAGGAGACGGAGGACGGGUCCACGGAGCGAGUCUACGACACAUCCCUCUAGGGACGCUUCAGAGGACAACCCCCAAUCCCCCCAGCCCCCCCCCCCCCCCCCCCCCCCCCCCCCCCCCCCAUCCACGUUUCGACGAAAACGCCCGGCGUCGCGAUCCGGGACACUUGAUUGGGUGGCGAUGUUUGUGACCACCGCAGACAGAAAGAUGAAGGGCCCUUCUCAACAUCCGCCUGCGGCAAUGCGCCGCCUCCGGUCUAUAGGUUAACCAAUGGGAGGAUUAGUUGAUAUCUGAGCCUAGCUAGGUGAGUAGAGAUUGCCUCUGCACCCCCCCCCCCACUCUUCAACACACACACACACACACACACACACACACACACACACACACACACACACACACACACACACACACACACACACACACACAUACACACCCCCCCCCUGCCUUUGCUUUCAGAGUCCUGUCGAAAAAAGGCAAAAGAAAACCCAUCUAUGUAAAUACUUUUUAAUGUAUUUGUAUGUUUUGUUGUCGUCUCUUUUUUGGUACGGCCACAGGAUGUGUAACAAAGCACUAAGGAUUUGCAGGAAAUGACUUACUUGAAUUAUGACAGAGAGAGAGAAUACUUUCUUUUUUUAAUCAUGUUUUUUUUUGUUCGUCUUUUGUUCCAUCCCUGUUUUUAAUUCACGUUAAUGUCCAGAGGUGCCAAGGUUUGGCUUUGUUGGAAGCACAUUUCAAAAAGCGGAUAUGAGCGUCACUGAAAUGGGGGUCUUAUUGUUAAUCCAACCACUACAUAUUCAGAGUCGAGCUGCCAUAGACGUGUCGUCUAGAUCCAUCCCGUAAUUUGCACUGGAGGCUUUUAUGUAACUCUUUGACCCACAAGCACUGGUGGUUUGUUGGAUUUUAUUAGAUUUAUAUUUUUAACAUUUUGUCUUCACUGCACUAGGUCUAUAUGUUGCUGCUAGUCCAUUUCAAUGCAGAGGUGUUUUUCCUUGUUGAGAUAUGCUUUUGUAUGAUAUUAGGAAUGGCAUUAUCAUGUUGAAUAUGUUGUUUCGUCAUUUCCAUUGAUCAACUUUAUUUAGGUUUUUAUAGUUAUUUUUAGAGGCAAAUAUCUGAGACACCUGGUCUCAAGUGUUUGGUUCCCGAGAGAAAGUGAAAUUGUACAGCAACUGCAUGUUUUGAAAAUGUAAAUGUUACAAUGGCUAUGUAGCAAGAAUAGAUAGAUAUAUCAACUUGAUGUACAUUUGUUUUAAUGUAUAGAAAGUCCAUAACUUUUAAAUAUAAAUGAACUAAAAAUUAACUGAACCUGCAAAAACAACGACGACCUAGUGUUGCUGGGAAGAACCACAUGGGAAUACCGGGAUGGGCCAGAAACCACCAAGAUCUCCCUUUACCCAAAAUAGAUCCCAAGUAUAAUCCCUCAUUACUACUGUAUCUCCCUAAAACACAUACACACACACAUCUAAACAGUUGCAGACAACCAGUACUAGACUGUGUCUCUCAUAUUGUACAACGAUUGUCAACGUUUCAAUUCUUAAAUACCGUUCAUACGAUUUGCCUACUGCUGGCGUCGGUCUCAGAACUUAAAUAUUGACGACAGCAGCGUGUUGCGGUCUGGUAGUGGCAGAGUCAGGACUUUAGGACUGACCGUCGACAACCUUGGUUGUUUUGUGUAAAAAGAGCACCGGCCUUAGCACUCUCAGUCCUGAGUACCUGAAUACACCUGCAUAAGGCCCAGCCUGUGUCGACCAUACGGAGGAAGUGCUCUCUCACUUCCUGUCAGUGCUUUCUCCACUUCCUGUGAGUGCUGUGCCUGAACCGAUGUUGUCAUAUGUUGAUUAUGAGAUAUUUCAAAUUGAUUUGAUGGCUGUAAAAAGUAGAAAAAGUACAAUAGGUAACCUGACGUGUGUGUACGAGUAACUUAGGAAAAGAAAAUAACCAUAAAAAAGAUGACUGACUGUGAGAGUCCCGUGCCUUCCAGUGGGUUUGCCUUGUGUAGAUGUUGAAUGCGUGAAAUGCAUCACUGUUUUAAAUUGCCAUUAUAAGGUAUUUGAGGCUGUCUUAUACUGAAUAGCGCGUGUGCACUUUUUUUCAUAGUACACUACCACUACUGAGUAAGGCUUGUCGUGCAUUAGAAACACAAGGAGACGUCCCCCCCCGUAGUUCCGGACCACUUUAUUUAACAAUCCCCUCCUCCUCCUCCACUUGUUUGUGUAUGCAUUCUGGGUUGUAAACGUGUGUGUAUGACAUAAAAGCUAAACAUGAAACUGAAAAGAGCAUAGUGUAAAGGGAAUCUUGCCUGUAAUUCAAAUAAAUGUGUCUAUUACUAUA